GGCGUCGUAGUCAACCAGCGCACCGCUGUGUCAAAUCUCACGCAAGCGUGCCCUGCUUUCCCUUUUCCUCUUUUACCUGUGACGGAUUCUCGGCAUCCUGCAAUUGCAUUUCCUGAUCUAUCCCCCCUCCCUCAGCAUUGUCUUGUGUUGUGUUGCGCGCCCACACAAGAUUGAUCUGCCUCGCACCCCCACAACUAGCGCCGGCAUCGUCGGUCUCAGGCCAGGAACUGCUGUUCCCCCAGACGACGCCCACCCAAACACGCCAAAUCCUCAACACCACCGCUACCACAUCGCUGCCAGAGCGCGCAUUCUCGCGGCCAGUGUCGCAUACCCGACUGCCUUUGCCAUGCCGGCCGUACGCGACCACUACAAUGCCAUUGCGAACAUGGCGCCCCGACAGCCUGCUCUAGACGUCCCAGCCAUUGUCCUCCCUGCGCCCAAGACAGCACCCAUGGCCAAGCGACAGAACAUCAUAUACACCCAGCAGGGUAUAAUACCCACCUACUACAACCUCUCCGGCCCGGAGCCCGGCACCGUCGUCGGCAUAGUCCUAGGCAGCGUGGCCGGUUUCCUCCUCAUCUGCUGGCUCAUCCAGUCGCUGAUGAACACCAACAAUAGGACGGGCACGACGACGGCCAUGGCGGGAGAGGAAGAGAUUGUAGUGAAAAGGCGACGCAAUUCACAUGGCGGACGCAGCUCGCGACGCCGGUCUGAAGUGCGCGAGAUUAGCAGGAGCCCGAGACGGAAUAGUGGGCGGUCGCAGAUUAUUGUCGAGGAGAGGAGGCAAUCGGCGCCAAGAGCGAGGAGCAUCAUCGUCGAGGGACGGCAUCGUGUACCGGGCGAUGACGUCGUCGAGGUCAUUGAAGAACACGAGGACUACCGCGAGAGGAGAGGCACCCGCGGAGGCCGGGGAUACCGGUGAGCAGAGAAUAGCCGAUAGCUCUCCCAUCGCGCCUCAUUUCUCCGAUCAAACUCGUCGCAACACACCCACAUUCUUACGUGCGACCUCUCUCAGCCGUCGCACCAUGGAUACCCCCAGAAUACCCCCUUGCUUCUACCGUACUCUGUUUUCUUGCACUGCAUCUACUUGUUUCUCUUCUUCUCUGUACCAUAAUAUGGCAUUUCCCUAGCACUUGGCGUUCGAGUAGCGGCAUUGGAAGCGACGACACCCCAGUAUGAAAGCGGAGGAUUUGCAACGGUGAUGGACAUGUGCCGCAUGAUGCGUUUGAUGUAAAGCGAGAUGAGCCUCCAACCUUGUAACGUAUGGGAAAAUGAUUGUAGUAAUGCUCACUUGCAG